UAUUUGUGUAUUUGAGAAUUAAGCCGAUUGAGAAUUUCUCUGGAGUAGAAGAGAAAGCUCUAAGUGGUAUGGUAGUGAUGAACAUGAGUUACCUACCAGGUACAGCCAGUUUAGUGGAAGAAAUCGACAAAAAGCUGCUGGUAGUUCUGAGAGAUGGAAGAACCUUAAUUGGCUACUUGCGAAGCAUAGACCAAUUUGCAAAUCUAGUCCUUCACAGAACUAUCGAAAGGAUACAUGUAGGGAAGAAAUAUGGAGACAUUCCCAGAGGAAUAUUUAUUGUGCGUGGAGAAAAUGUGGUUCUUCUUGGAGAAGUGGAUCUGGAAAAUGAGGACAAACUACCAUUGGAAGAGGUUUCAAUUGACGAAAUUCUAGACAUGCAACGAGAAAUGCAGAUUGCAAAAGAGCGGGAAGAUGAACGCAAACGAAAGGCUCUCCAGGAAAGAGGAAUGCAUUUUACAGAACACCCUGAAGACAUUUGAUGUUUUCUUGGUUGAUUUGGUGAUGUUUUAUUCUGUGCAAGUUUUUCUGUGUGUUGACAUGUGAGACUGAACAAGAGGAAGAGACAGUUUCUGAUAUUUUUCACAUGAAUGCUUGUUUCGUAAAAUGAUUUAUAAUUAAUUCUAACUGUUGUAGAAAAAUAAAUUCUUUAAAGAAAGAUGAUUAAGGGUAUGACUGACAAGCAUUCUUCCUUCAUCUGGUGUUCUGCACUGAGCAGUUUUUACAUCAUGUUAAAAGUACUUAAGAUAAAAGAAACAUUCAUAUAUUGUGUGUAAUUCUAGUAACACAGCCUGCAAAGAAAAUAAAAAUUGUUUCAUAAGCACAUUCCGAAGUAACAAAGCUAGUAUUGAAUUGAUACUCCAUUGUGGAGUUCAAAUCCACCUUCUUCCAUUACACUCUUCAUAGUUUGUAUCUAUUACCGAAAAUUUCAAGGAAGCAAACAAAAAAAACCUAGUUUUUUGUGGGUUUUUUUAUUUAAUAUUCUCCAGCUUUAUUAGUUCUUUGUGAUACAGCGAAUCUGCAUGUGCUUUACAUGCCAACAAACAUUUUAAUGUUGUAAUAUAAAAUUAAAGAAAAAAUAUAUUAAAUAAUUAGUAUGAUUUCUUUAUUGGUAGUUUAUUUCAUAAAGUUAGGAUUUUCUGGAAGAUGAUUCUGUUGCCAAGUCUUUUACUUAUUUACUCUCCAAUUACUCUUUGACAGCAGAAUGCAGGAUCUUUCCCCUUUUUUUUUCAUCCUAGGAGGAUUGUUAUCUGUUUUUUUUUAAAAAUUGAGUAACAAGUGAAAUUAAGUGAGAGACUUUUGUACAUGCACAAAUAUGUGCACAUGUAUGUUUAUGAUGCAGAUGUUUGUCAUUUGUAUUGAUUGUGCAUGGAGUAUAUAUGAUUAAACUUCAGAUGCAAGCUUA